AUGAUCUCUUGGCAGGUCACAGUCCUUAUAUGCAAGGAACGAGGAGCCCGCAUCAGGGAUGAUCGGCUCACAGCCAUGUCAAAGGACCAUUCUACGGACUUGAGAAACCUGCAGCUAGCUGAGAGAGAGGCUAUCAUGUCUGUGUGCAAGGCCUGUCACCGCGAUGGGCCCAUCCAGAAUCCGUUGAAUAUAUGUAACGCAUGCUUCAUUAAUGCAGUUACGUAUAUGCUGGAGUGCAGCAGUACUGACCACUCCAUUUCACCCACCAUCCAAGACCACAAGGAGAAACAGUUUCCGAUAGAGACCCAUACCGCUGACGCUCAAGCGGAGAGCUGCCCUCCCGGGGACGGCGAGGGGAGCAUCGAAGCAAAGCCGAGGGAAGAGGGCUUGGAUGUUUCGCUGGAUUCAGAAGUCGGAGGACAUCCAAGUCAUGUCGCUAGUACUGUCGACAAGAUCGAAGCCGGAGAACCUUGCGAUGAGGGCGGCGAGACCCCGAGUCGUAAGAGUCGGAAGAAAAAGAACCCUAAGUCCAAGCAGCAAAGGCGCUCAACAAAAGGGGAUGCCACGCAAGUCGAUGACUCCGGUCUGGAGGCCCAAGAAGGGACGGCAACAACUGAAGACCAGGCGCUGAGCGACAAGACACCGCAGACACCGAAAUUGCGGACUCCAAGACGACGCAGUAAGGGUCAAGUAUGUGCCACCUGCCGUUACCUGACCCCCAAUCGAAAGGGAAAGCAAUCGAGCGCUGCCGGGAAUUUCUGUGACAAGUGCAAAGAAGAGCGAAUGCACAGAAGAAAGUCACUGCGAUCCAACUCGAAGUGGGAUGAUGAGACUUUAAACAGAACCGAUAGCGUCGAGAAUCUUGUUAAUGUCAAGUUGAGUUUCAUCUUAGAAAACGAGGAGGGUUGCCGUAGAUGGGGCAUGCAUCCAAGCGAUUCCUUGUCCUCGUUGCUAAACUCGAUCGCCAAGAAAUUGAACUGUCAAGAGGUCGUUGAUCUUGAGUACAUUGAUGACGACGAGGACACUAUAGCACUCAAAAACGACGAAGAUGUUAAGGAAAUGUUCAGCAUUGUGAAGAAAUCGCGUAUUGAUCCACUGAGAAUGAAUACCACUCUCAAGCAAGAUUGAUUCCCUCUACCUUGCUAGAUGUUGCUCACUGGCAGCCCCACUUUUCACAUUUACGAAGCGUAAAUGGAGAGAUCUAGCUUCAAGCCCUGCACGGCUUGCAUAAAAGAUAGAUUGCUUGAAGAGUAUUCCCUUCUCUACUUUGCAAUAUCACUUCAUU